AUUCGGUGGAACACCCUUCGAGUUUAUUUCUUUCUUGACAUUUACACUGUUUUUGCAUGUUUUUGUCGAAUCUGAUUGAUUGCUGGUAUAGUUAGAACGAUACUUUGUAAGAUGAUGUAAUGGAAGGUGGGAAAAAAAAUUUUGUGAGCCCCAUGAAGAGGGGAUUCUUCUCAGGGAAAGGGGACAAGCCAGAAAAGGAGAAGGGGCGGCCCAAGUCUGAGAUAUACGAGAGAAGACACCUAAAAACAUUCUCCCUGGUUCCUCCAGAUUACUUGAUAAACCCUCAAGUCCUUUUAGAUGCCUACAUUGAAAAGGAAAUCAGGUUUGCCGGCCUGAUUCCGGAAAUUCCAUCCGACAUUGACCCCACCAUGAGAACAGAUAUUCUAAAGAUAAUCGAUCAAGGAAAGAAGCAAGAGUUGAUUCCAUGGUACACGUCCCAUGAUCACGAUGCCAUCUUCAGUCUGAGUGCCUAUAAUGUGAAGAUUUCGCGAAGAAAUGGCGCCGAGGAACUCUUGCUGAGGAUUGCCAUCCAUGAUAUAGCGGCAAUCUGUUACAUAAAAGAUGACUCCACUCAUAUACUGGGCCUGAAGUAUGGUGAUCUCGAGUUGCCAAAAGAAACCUGCAACCUUGCUGUAUUAUACUGUGAUAGCCGGACGUCUGCCGAGGAGCUCUGUUCACUGAUUGGUCAGUGUUUCCAGCUGGUUUAUACAGACGCAACAAUGCAGUUCUUCGACAGACAGUUACUCGAUGGUGCUAAUGGUAUCUCAUUUGGAUCUGCCACAUUAAGAAGUGACUAUUCGAUGUCAGCCAAGAUGAGUGAGCAAGACUUUCUGUUUGGUAAAAAUGGCCAGUGUCAUGCUUUUAUUACUGAAUCUCUUGACGACAGUCCGUCGAAGGCGUCCCGUUCACUGCCUCGGUCAACACACAAGUUUAGCACCACUCGGAGUCUACGGAGCGACAGGGAUAGCGACCUCAGCACUUCAGCCACGGAACUCUUACACGACUACAUGAGACGGUUACAUACAAAAUUGACAGCUGAUGAGUUGCGCCAGUUUGCCCUGUUAUUGAAGGCUUGGCACACAGACAUGCCAUUUCAUCAGUUUUGUCAGAAUGUUCUCGAUCUUUAUGGGCCGGACAGAAAGCAUCUUUUAUCUGGAAUGAGGCCGUUCAUACCAGAGGGGGAUUAUGGGUAUUUUGAAAGUUUCUUGGAGCGACAUGGGGUUAAUGGGAACGGUAAUGGGUAUAAAACAAUGUCGAGUGACUACUCAUCCAAGUACAGGCGGACGCUGAGUGACACUUCGUACCAGAGCACGGUGACGGUUCACGAUAACGAGACGAUGAACAUGGAUGAAUUCGAUCGGAUGUUGAGCGACAUAUCGGCGGAGAUUGAAACGAUGGAGACGAGCGUUGGUGUGGAUACGUUGACGAAUCUUGACCAGUACAUGGGCAGUUCUUAAAAAUAGAACUACAGUCAAACUUCUGUCAGCGAACACCUCUCUAUUAGGGACACUAGUUUUGGUCCCAAAUGGUUCUUUUCAAUUUGAACUCUCUAAUGAGGACACCUCUCUAUUAAGGACAUUACGUGAACAAGCACUGGGCUAUGUGACUCCUGGUAUCAUUAUCAAUUCCAAGAUGCCAAAUUUCUUUAGUCCCUAGAUUCGUUUAGUUUGUUGACUUCGUUGGUGUAUUGCAUCAGAAACUUGCUGAUGAUGCCUAUUAUAGUCAAGUUGUGAAUAGUGUGGGUCGAAAACAUGUAAAUAAGCAGAGUAAAUAUAUAAUCAUGUACAUGUAUGUAUUUUGUGGUAAGUCAUUAUUUCAUGUAAAUAAAACAUUUAUAUCGCUGUAUAUUAAUGAAUGUAAAUGAAAUGGGGUCAUUUCUAAUAAACUGUAUGAUGAAACAA